AUGAUAAUAAUAGUUUAGAAAGUUUAGAAAGUAAUGUUUUAAACUGUAGACCAAUUCCCGUUUGUAAUAGUAGUUGUUUGUAAUGUAAAUAAAAUGAUGAUGAAUGUAUAUUAUGCCCUAAUAAUUUAAUAUUAAGCGAUAAUAAAAAAUAAUGUAUUUGUCCAAAUAACACUGAACUUUCUGAGGAUAUGGAUAAUUAGUAAUGUGUAUGUUUAGGUAAUGGUACAGAAUUAAAUAAAGAAAAAAAUUAAUGUAUAUGUAAACAAGGAUUAGUUAUAAAUUAUAGAUUAUCUACCUAAACGAGACUUAUAUGUAGACGACUCCCUAUAUGUCAUGCUAGUUGUUUAUAAUGCUAAAAAAACGACGAAGAAUGUAUAAAAUGUCCUGAAGGAAUGUAUUUGA